GUCUACCCGGAGAAACUCCGAGCAGCCAUCCUGAAGGCCUACAGCCAGUCCAUCAACGUCGCUCAUGUUGAAACAGUCAGCUCGGAAAGCAUGCUGGCCGAGAACCACAGGCUAAACUACAUCAUCGACACUGAGUUCAGGGCGCUGAAGAGCCUACAACCAGAAAUUCUCGCCUACCGGAAGUACCGGCCUACGACACCGCCGAGAUCUUCGCACAUGGAGAGGAUCAAGAAACCCAUGAACCAAACGGAUCAGGAGACCAAGAGGAUGAUCUGGAACCACCACACGAAAGGGAACAUGAAGAAGGCGAAGCUCAGGAAGUACCUGAACAACAACUACCACUUCAUUCACGUUUUCCGCUGGAACGCCUUCUGCACCGAGCACACGUUGGUCUGGGACACCCGACCCCAGAUCGAUUUGUCAGGAUCCUUAGGUCUUCUUAGUGGAGAUGAUGGUCACCGAGGACAACAACCAGAAGCCAAAGUCGGCGACCUCAGUGUCGAACGGGCCAUGAAGCUUCGAAAGGCUGCUGCACAUGCCUUCAUCGAAGCAGAUGCCAGUAACUCCCUCCGAAGAGCAGUAGCUUCGGGCCCCCGACCCAUCCUGGAGUAUGACAUCGGCGAGAUUGUCUACUUCUUCCGAAUGGGAGCUGACAAGAAACUGAAGUUCAAACCAUGUUACUGGCACGGGCCGGCAAGAAUCAUCAUGAUCGACCAACCUAGCACCAUUUGGUUAUCAUACCAAUCUCAACUGGUCAAAGCCAGCCCAGAGAGAAUCCGAAGACCCUCGUUGGAAGAGAACAUGGCACUAUCUGGAUGGUUGGAAGAUCUCGUGCAGCUGAAGAAGGACAUUGUCACGGAACCGAUUCGAGGAUUCCUGGACCUGUCCGACCAGCCGCUCCCCGAGAUCUUAGACGAUGAAGCCAACAAUGAGGAGUACACUCCGACCGAACCAGAUGAAACUCCAGACCAGAACAUUCCAAUGGAACCAGCACUACUACCAGGACUACAAGAACCCAUGGGCUACCCAAGACCAUUGAAACGCUAUCGAGAAAAAGGGCCACAAGAUAAUUUGGUUGAUGAUGAUGGACAAUCUCCCCAACCAGAACCUGAUGACGAACGACCAGGAGAACCUCAACGAGAUGAAGAGGCCAAGGCUCGCCACGUCAUGAAAGGCUUCAGUGAAGAGGGGGCUGAGAACAUUGAGGCGACCACUCCACAG